UCUGGCAUUCACACGUCACAUAUUUGUGUCUUCUAUUUGAUCGAAAAUCGAAAUCACUUGUUCCUAAUCCGAUCAAUUUCUUCUGCUCUUUCUCUCUGAUUCAAGCGAGGUUUAUUCGGAAGAUAGAACAAGCAAUGGCGGAAAAUGUUUCUCUCGAGGAGUUCCUAGGAACUGCAGUCGAUGCCGCUAAGAAAGCCGGAGAGGUAAUUCGUAAGGGAUUCUAUCAGACCAAGCAUAUAGAGCACAAAGGGCAGGUCGACUUGGUCACUGAAACUGACAAGGCUUGUGAAGAUCUCAUAUUUAAUUAUCUCAAGGACCAUUACCCUUCACAUAAGUUCAUUGGGGAAGAAACUACUGCUGCUUUUGGUCAUACUGAGUUAACCGAUGAACCAACAUGGAUUGUCGAUCCUCUUGAUGGAACGACAAACUUUGUUCAUGGGUUCCCUUUUGUGUGUGUUUCUAUUGGUCUGACCAUUGGAAAGGUUCCCACGGUUGGAGUCGUCUACAAUCCAAUUAUUGAUGAGCUUUUUACUGGAAUUCGUGGAAAAGGUGCCUUCCUUAAUGGUAGGCCUAUUAAAGUAUCCUCCCAAGACGAAUUGUUGAAGUCUCUUCUUGUAUCUGAGGUUGGGACCAAACGUGACAAGUCGACUGUAGAUGCUACUACAGACAGAAUUAAUCGUUUGCUUUUGAAGGUGAGAUCAAUUCGGAUGAGUGGUUCCUGUGCGCUGAACCUCUGUGGGGUAGCCUGUGGAAGGAUCGAUUUGUUUUUCGAAACUGGUUUUGGAGGUCCCUGGGAUGUCGCUGCUGGAGCUGUUAUUGUCACCGAAGCUGGUGGGCUCGUGUUUGAUCCAUCUGGCAAUGAUUUUGACAUAACAUCACAGAGGGUAGCAGCUUCCAAUCCUGUUGUGAAAGAUGCAUUUGUGGAGGCUUUGGGGAUGUAAGAAUGUAAUGGCUUUAAUAAAUUCAUGAGUUCUUCAGCUUUCUAUUUGUUGGUCAUUCUUUCUUGUUUUACUCGAGUGUUUUUACAAUACAGUUCAAUUAGAUUACUGUAAUCAUGAGGAUCCACUAAAAGGAGAAAUUAUGCAACGCAACCUUUUUAAUAGAUCAUAAGUUUGAGAAUA